UCAAACAUUGGGAUAAAGUUACGAUCAUUAAUUAUUAAGCUUUUGAACUCAAGUGAAUCAAGUUAAUUGUAUCAAAUAAUUAACUUUUGAAAGUAUUAAAAAUGUUUAUCAAAUUAUUUAUUCUGAUUGUUUUAUCAACCUCAACCUUAGCUGGUCAAAUCAACAUCGAUAGUUGUGGCGAUUCGGUUCCCAUGCCAAGUACCGUUACUGUGAACGGAUGUGAAGGUGACGAAUGCCAAUUCAUUAAAGGAGAUACCGUCUCAUUCAAGAUCGAUUUUACUUCUCCCGCUGAUGCCGAUGAUCUGACACUUUCCGUUCUUGCUCGUGUUUUUGGUACGUGGCAAAAAUGGGGAGCUGCACCUAAGCAAGUUUGUGGGUCAUCGGUUGAUUGUCCACUAAAACGGGCUCCUUAUACCUACAAGUUUGAGACUAAAGUUCUAGAUGAAUAUCCUUCAAUUAAAACUCGAGUCAAGUAUUCAUUGAAAUCUACCACCGGUGAUGAAAUCUUUUGUUUCACCUUCCCUGUUUCUAUUCAGUAAUCAAUUCUGAUUAAUUUCCUGAUUGUUGUUUCCAAAUUGGUUGAUUAAACUUUCAUUAAAUAUCUUCAA